ACCUUCCCACACACACACAAACACACACAGUGAAAGAGAGAAACAAUAUAGAAACAACCCAAAAAGAAAAACUGCACAGUAACAGGAUUUCCUGAUGCGUGUGGGUCGAUGCACCUCGAUCAUGAGCUUGAAAUUAGAAAUUUAUUCCAAGGAGAUCUGAGACAGCAGCGCAGAGCACUUUUUAAAACACUGCGGUGGGUGCGGGCGGGGGAUCGUUGGACCGGUUUGCUGUUGAUUCAGCAGUCCGCCCCUGCGCGCCAGUUUGAUGCGUUGAAGGGAUUUGCUGUUCUUUUUGUGAUGUAGGAGUGGCAGCUGAGCCAAAGGAUGCUGGUAUUGAUUUUGCAAAGACUGAAAAGCAUAAAUGGUGUUGGGAGUUUGAGGACAGUAUCCAAAAAAUUGUAUCCAACUAAAGGCAGGACUGAAAGUUUAGCUUUUAGUGAGUAAAAUCAGACUGAUCUGUCAGCAUAGAGGAAAUACAUUGAUGCUUUUAAUAAUGCAUACAAAGGCUGUUUUGCCCAUGAUGAUUAAUGAUGAAAAAUUGACUGUUUUAUUCAUAUUUCACAUAAAUAAAUGAGGCAGAAUAUAAAAGUCAUUAAUGGAAAUGAUCCAAAUGACAGUGUGGUUAACUUUAGCCCACAGAGGCCAUGACACGUGCAGGAAAGGAAGAGGACAAGCUGUGUCAGAGCUUGUUAACUAAUCAAGUAGAUACAGUAUGGAUCAGACUGAAAUACGUUUCAGAGUAAAUGGGAAGAACCACACUCCACUGCAUGGCAUCCUAUUCAAACUGUGGAGAUUUUUUUUUUUAAAUAUUCACUCCUGGUUACAUAGAGGUUUUAUUUUAGGAGGUGGAGGCAGAGGGUGUAGGUGACAGAAGAGCUGUGUGUGGUGGAGAGGAGCUAAAAGAUUAGAGGAAAUCCAGGAUUACCACCGGAGCCAUUACUGUGCAACUGCAGGUAGUGACUUUCUAUAUCGGGACCGACAGAACAACCUCUGCUUGCGAGGCAGCCGGAUGGUUCUUGUGUUUGGAGGCUGAACAGCAGAUGUCACCACAGUCAACAAACAUAUCCCAAUAUUAUUUCAAGGCUCCGGCGCAGGAGCGUCUGUAAAGUCUCGCCGCAGGUGAUCUUGAUUUGAUCAUUUUAUCUUUGGUAUUUGUUUCAAAGACUAAGUAAACACGCAGUAUCUCUCUCUCUCUGUAUGUAUGUGUGUGUGUGUGUGAGUCAGGUGCUGUGGACAGGGAGGGUGUCUCGGUAUGUUAGGCAGACCACACGGAAGUGUGAUUACAGUGUGCAGUGUGCUGAAAUGACAGCAGGCUGUUGUUAGCGACAGCCUCCGUUCACAGCUGUUCCCACAUCAUGGCACCUAAAGACCCUCUACUCGGCACUCUCAAAGUGUGUGUCCUGAACCUGCAGUCAGAUGGAGAGACGGUGACAGACACUAACCCUCACCUCGCCUCCUGCUGUGAGCUUCUUGAGCUGGUCCUUAGGAAGGGGCUCCAACAGCCAGUUAUCAGUUUAGUACAGAGAGACUACUGGCAGUGUUUUGAGCAGCUUCCCCAGCAAGAUGCCUGUGGAAGGCUGUCUGCUCUGUCUUUGGCGGUGGAGCAGACUAAAGUUUGCAGGAAGCUGCUCUCAGCUCAGGGCCGUGGCCGCUACCUGCUCAGACUGGCUCUCAGUCGCAAGGCCCUCCCACAGUUCAUCACACACCUGCUGCACACACCCAGAGUCCUGGAGCAGUGGUACAGCCCGGCUGUCUCAAUCCUCAGGAAUGAAGAAUUUGUGGAGCCUUUCAUGUCGCUGCUGCUGGUCCUCACUCACAUGGAGUUCAAACUGGACAUGGAGAAUUGCAGUUUUCUGGAUGAGAGCUGGCUUCUACCGGUGUGUGACGUAUAUGAAGUAGUGCCUUGUCGGGAGAUAGGGAUGGUGUUGAGGUAUCUCAGUGGGCGCGUCUUCAUCCUUGACCUGAUGCCUGGUACCCAGGCUCAUGUUGACAAGUUCACCUCUCCUGGUGACAUUAUUGAUGAGAUCAAUGGCACCUCGCUGAGGAAUUCAAAGAUCGGACAGGCGAGCAUGGUUAUGUCUCGGCUGAAGGGCUGCCCUCUGUCCAUCCGUAUUCUGCGAUGGCGGGCCCAGGACGGGACGGUGUAUCGGCCUGUCAUCAAACUCCUGCGCGUCCUGAAGAUGGAGAAUCCCACGCUGCAGCUCGGUCCUGCUCCCUCCGAGCAGUCAGCUGCCAAAGACGAGACGCAUUCUCCGUCACAGUGUCUCAAAGAAGGAAGGAUUGUGUACAUUGUGCAGUUCUUGGGAAAAGCAAACAUCGGAUUGUUCGGAGGCAAGGAGGUGCUGAAGCAUGCUAUUCCACAGGUGCUGCAGAAAAACCAGCCUAGCCAGGAAGUGCUUUUAGAUUUGAAGGAAACACAUCUGACAUGUACAGACAGAAGCAGUAAAGUGGAGCUGUUUGAGCAUCACUAUCCAGAGAUAUCAUGUGUAGGGAGAUACAGUCAACCAGACUACACAAUAUUUGCAUUCUGUGUUGCAGACUCCCCAGAAACCCCUCAGUCGACCGGCUUCUGCUGCGUGGUGCUCAGAGCCAGCACCGUCAAGGAGUGUGAAGAGAUUGUCUGCCGUGUUGCUACUGGUUUCAAGCAUACAGAGUGGUUUGUAUGACAAAACAGUGGUGAAUAUUUUGUUGUAAAUAAAUGUGCAAAGAUUAUACACUGCAUCAGUGUGAUUAAAUCAACUGCAGAACACAAAAGCUUUCUACUGAUAAAGACCUUUAAUAGAAAGACAUGUGACAACAUUUUCAUAAAUAGUAUUAAAUGUAGCUGCCAAGAUUUUAUGUUGGAAAACAUGUAAAAAGCAGUCCAGAAAAAUACAGAGGGGUCUGCCAUGCUCCUUCUCACCGAGUGUAGAGUAUCAGCUGUAGUAGACGAUAUCCUGACACUGCAGUGAGGCCUGUUGAGCAAGACAUGCUGGCAUUUUGUGGUAAAUGGUAGAUGGGUGAAGAAAACCCUGGACCCCCAUGGAAGAUGUGAAGAAUUCAUCCUCGCUUCAAAAAGACAACUCCAUCCCCCAGAGGGAGCCUGAUACCCACAAGAAGUUGAGGGGUGGCAAUGAUGACGGUUACAUAACCCAUGGUGGAAUAGGUAGAUACUCCUACUGCACAACAUUUCCAACUACCCUAAGUGUACUCAGGCUUGUGGAAUGGUUGACAUAUUGUCUCAAUCUAAAAUACAAUACAAAAUCCAAAAAGAAAA